CCGUCUCGCGACACUUCAGCUUCAUGUCUCUGAAACGGUAUUGAGCAGGAGCCGUCGGUCGAAAAUAUCACCAACCAGAACCGGAACCCUCGGUGUUGGUUCUGUUUUGUUCGGGCCGGGAAAGCGACACCAACGUGCGAAUGUUUGUUGCCGGUUUCUCCGCGACGGGACGGUAUGUGAGGGCUCUGUUCACCGAACUGGGCUCACGUUGACUGGUUCCGCUGGUAGCUGUCAUUACCGGGAUUAUCAUCCGAACCUAUGGGAUGGACUAAGUAUUGACGGGACAGGGAGCCCGGAUGAGGUGAAAGCACACUUGUUGAAGCAGACAGAAGAUGCCUUUACUGAUUUAGCUUGAGCCCAACAUGCUAACUGCAGCCGUCUGAAGAGUCACUCACCUGAGGUCUGAGAUGGGCCACUCUCUUCAAGACAAGGAGGCGAUGUGGGAGAAAGCCUGGAGGAGGUGUAGGCUUCAGCCUUGAGGAGGCAUCCUGCUGCAGGGGAGGAGCACAGUCCUCCUGUGGCCCUCUUGUGGCCUCCUCUGUGGCACUCUGGGGCUCUUAAAGUAAGAUGUCCCUCAGCAGCAGCCCUGCAGGCGGGAAAGGUGUGGACUCCAGUGCCGUGGAACCUUACGACAGCGGUGACGAGUGGGACAUAGGUGUUGGAAAUCUGAUCAUUGACCUGGAUGCUGACUUGGAGAAGGACAAACUAGAGAUGUCAAGCAGUAAGGAGGAAGGGGGGUUGGCGGCGCCCCCCAGUGCUGUGGCUGUUUUACCUGACAAUAUAAAGUUUGUUAGUCCUGUAGCUGCCAUGCAGAGUAAAGAUGGUAAAUCCAAAUCAAAGCGUAGUAAAAACUCCAAGGACAUUGUUAAGGCCUCGCUUUCAGAUGGAACUAAGAAGGAUGCUCAGGGUAGGUCCUCUGUGGACCUGCCACCUCAGAACUCUGCCCCAUCUAAAGGAACUGAUAAGUCCAGUAAAUUAUCCCGGUUCCCCUCUUCUGGGAAAAACGACAGGGAUUUGGUGUGUGGGAAAGCUAAAAAGGACAAACUGGAGGUUGCAGCCACGAGAGUGUUCAACACAGAGGAGGCCGGGGCCUCUGUCCUACCUCUGGGAGCUCCUCGCAACAGCUCGUUUGAGAGCCAACAAAACCCGGAGUUCAGCUCGGCCGAACAAUUUGGAGAUUUGGCUCUGGACUCUGCAGGACUCGGCCAGGCUGUCGCCAUCAUCACAGAGCAGGAGGAGGUGGAUGGUGGCGACUGUCAGAAUCUGAAAAAACUCCUCAACUGUGACAAGAUGGAGUCUCCUUUCUCCACCUCUGCACCUCCUCCUCUUCACCUCCUGGGUCCUCUCAUCAGCAGCAGCGACAUCUCUUCUUCCUGUGAACAGAUCAUGGUUCGAACGCGCUCCAUUGCAGUGAACACAGCAGAGGCUGCCCUGGCUACUGAGCCAGAAUGUCUCGGACCUUGUGAACCUGGCACGAGUGUCAACCUGGAAGGAAUUGUGUGGCAGGAGACUGAUGAUGGGAUGCUGGUUGUGAACGUCACCUGGAGAAACAAAACGUAUGUUGGGACCCUUCUGGACUGCACGAGGCAUGACUGGGCCCCACCCAGGUUCUGUGACUCUCCCACCAGCGACAUGGAGGUGCGAAGCGGUCGUGGUCGAGGGAAGAGGAUGCGUCCUGGAAUGAACAUGCCACCGAAUGACAACAGCAACUCCUCCGACAACAAGAGCAGCAGCAAGACACGUGGAGCUGCUGCUGCGAGCAGCAAAGGGAGACGAGGGAGUCAGACUAUAAGCUGCGCUGAAGAUACCAAGGCCAGUCCGUUCUCCACCAAGAGGAAGACCAAACCUGUGUCCGAUCUAGAACCUACCUCCAGCUCUGAGGACUUCAGAACUUCAAAACGCAUGCGAGCCAACUCGGUGGGCAUUGGGACCCCGCUCCUUUUAGGCAAAACCGACCCCCUUCCCUCUCCACAGCUUGAGCGGACCUGCACCUCCCCUGUACUGAUUGACUGCCCCCACCCUAACUGCAACAAGAAAUACAAACACAUAAACGGACUGAAGUACCACCAGGCUCGAGCUCAUAACGAUGAAGAUGUCCGGCUGGAGCAGGACGGAGACAGUGAAUAUGGGGACGACCCUAUGCUCCAUUCAGACCCGGGGUCCUGUAACGGUGCUGCCUUCUCCCCCGCUCGCUCCAAUACUCCAAAGGUACGAGGCUUUGAUGCCCCUUCUCCUUCAUCAGGAAAGCACACACCCAAGGGGAAGAAGAAGCCAGGGGAGGCGGAGCCUGAGUCGACAGACGGGGGUGAGGAGGGGACAUGUUUGACUGAUGAGGCCAGCAAUGAUGGAGUGGAUGACAGAAAAGACAGAAGACUGUCAGCCAACAGCAAAGCUGAUAAAUUAUCACAGAGAGGUGUGAAGCUAGGCCGCCCAGUUGCCCCCGGAGUCCCCCCUUUGUAUUCCUCUCAGGAAUCUUCCCCAGCUAUGGGCCCAGUUGUACAGUCAUUACCCAGCAGCCCCCAGCUGAAAAACAGCCAGCCUAAACCUCCAUCACUCACUGACAUGACCUCCAGCCCCAACCUGGCCAAGGACAAGAAAAAAAAAGACAAGAAGAAAAAAGAGGGCUGGAAGGAGGGGGAUAGUCCAAAGGCGAUAGGUAAGGCUGGGAGGGCGGAGGAGGGUCCGUACUCAGAGCCAUCAGACGCUGCGCUCAACGGCUGCACCGAGGCUCACCAGAGCCGUUUGGCAAGCAUUAAAGCCGAGGCCGACAAAGUCUACAGCUUCUGUGACAACACGCCCAGCCCUUCCAUAGGUGUGGCCAGCAGGAUAGAGGCCGGCGUCCCACCCCCGCUGCACCUCAACCAGAACGGAGCCGACAACACGUCGGUGAAGACGAGCAGCCCCGCCUACUCUGACAUCUCUGAUGCAGGGGACGAUGGAGAGGGGAAGGCUGAGGGGGUGAAGGUCAAACCGGAGCCUGAUCAGAGACCUUGUGAUGGCACAAAGAAGGCCCUGUUUCCCCCGCAAACCAAGGAGUCACCGUACUACCCAAACUAUGACACUUACUACUCCCCAAGCUACCCCAACCCCGGCCCAGGAGCAGCACCCGCAGCCCCACCUCACAUGGAGGAGGCACAGGUGAAGGUGAAGGAGGAAGAGGAGCUGGAAGUGGCAGCGGAGGACAAACUAAAUGUGGAGCCUCAGGAGGAAAGGGAGGCAGAAAUGAGCUCUCAGCAGCCAUCAGUCAUCCAGCCAUGCUCCAACAUGUACGCCCAGCCUUUGUAUUACAAUCAGUACUACGUGUCCCCUUACCCCUACUCCGCUGAUCCGGUCUACCACACCCACAUGCUGGCCUCUAACCCCGCGUACCGUCAGCAGUGUGAAGAGAGGCAGCGGCAGGCCGAGAAGAAGGCCGCGGCAAAAGACAGAGAGGCUUCCAGCAAAGACGAGUGGAAGCAGAAGGCCUUGGUACCCCCCACCCUCUCCAGCAACUCGAGCCUCACAGACAUGGGCGCAAAGGCGACAACAGCCAAGCCCAAAGAUCCUACAGCUGCUUCAGAACAAGUCAAGUCUGUCAUUAUGGCAAAGGCAGAAGAGCUCAAAGCCCCCGCUAGCCAAGCUGAGGGUAUGAAGAUCAAGCUGAGUGAAGCAGGGCAUCAUGGGAAAGAGGAGGUCAAGUCAGAGGUGGAGAUGGGCAGACCAGGAGGUGUAGAUCAAGCCAUGCGCUACAGACAGGAGGCGGACUCCCGCUUGUGGCCCUAUAUCUACCCCAGCAAAUGUUCGGAGGCUGUUCGACCGCAGGAAGAGGAGCAGUGGAAGGACGAGCGAGAGCGAGACCAGAGAGGGAAGGAGGAGAGGCCACGGCCGAAGGAGGCGCUGCACAAAGACGAGACGAAAGAGGGGGCGGAGGGCCGGGCGCAGCAGCUCAUGGAGGAGCACCAAGGUGGAGGGAAGGAGGCCCGCCUCCCCCACAUGCAGUUCCCCUCCCCUCUGGCUCAGCACCAGGGCUACAUGCCCUACAUGCAAGCACCUUAUGCCUACGGCCAGGCCUACAAUCCCAGCCACCCUGGCUACAGGGGCAUGCCCUCAGUGAUGAUGCAGAACUACCCAGCCUCCUACCUGCCCGUCGGUUACUCUUUUCCCUCGUAUGGAGGGAAGGUGGCAGCGAGGGAAGACGGAGAGAAACCCUCCAGGUCCAGUCCAACCGUGAAGCCGCCCAGCGAGGCCAAAGCUCUGGAGCUGCUGCAGCAGCACGCCAGCCAGUACAAAAGCAAAUCCCCGUGUAUUCCAGACAAGAGCUCCCAUGAGCGUGAGCCAGACUGGGACAGGGACUGGGACAGAGAAGGCACUCGUCCACGGCCCUCUUCACAGCGCAUGUUGCCUUCACAUCACCUGGGAUACCCUCUGUUAGGACAGUACGACAUGUCCUACACCUCAGGACUCUCCUCUUCAGCCAUCGUUGCCAGUCAGCAGCCAUCUGCCCCGUCCAUGUAUCCCCCAGCUCGAAGGUGAAACCGGUAAUACUCUGAGGCAGUUCAGCUGCUGCACGUUCAGGUACAUGUGAUUAGCUGGCCUGGGUCCACCUGUCAGAAUCAUGUGACCUGAUCACGACUGGUUCUGGUUCUACAUCAGUUCAGCUGUGUUUCUUCAUGUUUGGUGUCUCCGCCUGGACGUUCAGCUGCAUCUCUACUGGACCGGACCAAAAGGACCUCCGUCCUGAGCGAGGUGGUUCCACUCAUCCUGCUGGUCCAGUUGGCUCUGAGUGGAUCUGUGCCACGGAGACCGAGGUGCUCUUAGAACACCCGUUGUCUUCAGAGUGUCUUCAUGGCAAACACAAGGUUCUCUUUAGGUGUCAUUAAAAAACCCCUGAAGUAAGGCUGUCCCACCAAAGCAGUUCCAGGGUUAGACCAGGUCUGGAGCCAGAACGGUUCCAAUGCUAGACCAGGACCUGUAUUUAUCAAACUUCUUAGAAUUCCUCUUAAAAAUGCUGUUAUGAUUGGACUUAAGUGUAAAAGAAUUAUUAGCGGGAUUUUUGAUAACUUGCUUUUACACUUAAAUCUGAGAGUAGGAGCAAAUUAGAGAAAUUCUCAGCACUUCAGUCUAAAAUUCCACUCGAAGAGGUUUGAUAAAUACGAGCCCAGGUCUAGAGGGUUUUGGUCUGGAUCUGACCGGGCUGUGAGCAGGAUUCUCUGGUUCCUCUGCAGGUCUGACUCUUUGCUCCAUCAGAUUUCAAACACGUUGAAGAUGUUUUUGGUUAAAAUGAGUCAGAAAUAAGAUCUUUGCGUCGACCUUUAAUACUAAACUUAUUGCAGCGUGUGUCAAACUUAAGGCCGUGGGCCACGUCUGGUCCUCGUUAACAUUUAAUCUGGACCUUUAUCUGUGACAGAUGGAAUCUGUUGUCAUUUAGUAAAAAACUGGACUUGGUGCUGAGGAAUGGAUGAGACGGAUCAGUUUCAGUGUGAGUUAACGUCACAGCUACAGUCUGCUUUAAUUAUUCUGUUCAAAGUCAACCAUUUAAAUGUUUACAUUGUUUUAACUGAAGUGGUGGAUUCUCUUCACAUUUGUUAUUAUUAUAAUAAAUAAAACGUUUGGUAAGUAGAAAGUAAAGCAUAAAAAAAUGAAUGCUAAUGUUUUAAAUGUUAUCAUUUUCAUUAAUUUCCAUUUAUUCUAACUUCUACAUAAAACGGCACUGAGAAAAGGUCUUUUGUAUUUUUCUAUUAAUAAUUUAACACAUUACACUUGAAAGCCAAUUUAUACUUAAAGUUUCUGUUUCUUUAAAUAUUAAGAGUGGCCCUUUGGUAGGACACCUGGAUAGAGACCGGACUUUACAGGACCCAUGUAACCCAGGUCCAGGUUUCUGUGUUGGGCCAGUGUAGAGGUGCACUGAUACUUGUGUUGGUCCAAUACUGUGUGCUGGUACAAGUACUCGAGUGUUGUAAUACUACUCACAUGCAUGGCAGAUGUUUUAUUGGAGGUGAUCCUCUCCUCCAGCAGGGGGCAGUACUUCACCAUCAAGUUGUUUUCUGAGCAACAAAAGGCCAAAGUCUGGAGGUAUUUCAGGCUCAAUGAUGUCAAAAUAAAUUGAACAGAAUGUUCUGUUCAGCGGAGGGAUGGACUUCAGCUCUAUCAUCACAAAAACAAGUCGUUUCAUAAAACAUCUCAGUACUGAGUCUGACAUUAAACAGGAAGUGAUCCUGAGAGUCUGAACACAAAACGUUAGCUCCUGAAUUUUCAAACACACUUUAAAGGAAUUGUUAGAAAUAUUAUAACAUUUAUUAGUACAUCAUUACUCAGUAUUGGCAAGUACUCAGAUGUAAGUACUUGUGGUCCGUGUCCAGCUGGUCCUCAGCAGACAGGAGACACCAGGUCUGUUCAGAACCACUUUGAAAUGUUCUGAUAGUUUCCUUGGUUCUUCAUCUCCAUGAGCCUGCCCCCAGUGGUUUUGGACUCUGGCCCAGUAAAGACAUCAGUGGAACCAGAAAACCUGAACCCUGGCUUCAGUUCAACACUGGAACCAGUCUGGUGGGACAAACCAACCUAAAUUGCCUCAGAGCUCCGACAGAACAGAACAUCCUGCUGCUUCAUCGGUGGUGCUCCGGCUCCUGCUCCCUGUGUAGCUGUAGUACUGUGUGUGUGUGUGCGUGUGUGUGUAAAUACUGUACAGAGGAAUUAUUUUAAAAAAGUUUGUUGGAUGAUGUAGGAUUUCCUGCUUUUCUUUUUGUCUGUUAGCUUUUGUUUUUCUACUGUUGUUGAUCUGAUAUUAAACCUGUAGAUGGUGGAA